UCACUCGAUUGGGUGGUAGUUUUCCUUAUCCCACCAAUCAGUCAAAAAAGCAAUAAUGUUUGAGGUUUUAGCAUAGCAGCAAGCCUUUUCAAAAAGUUCCACAGACUCGGACUCAGACAGGGAAACGUUUACGCUUACCAAGAUCAGGACGACGACAAUUCUCGUUAGUAGCUCGGAAAGCGCGAGUAAGAGCGUAAACUACAAGGGUUGUUGCGUUUUUUCUUGCUCCAAGUAGCAGGCAAUUAUGGUUCUUCUGCAACUUUUUGUUGACAGCAUGGCAUUCAGUGCUGCCUUGGCAGUAGCUCGAAGACGCGGGAUAGUUGCCAUCGACCUGACGCGUGUGAGCCCGCAGACGAGCCCUUAUGUAAAGCAGUUCGUCACUGCAUAUUUGCAGGCGGGGGAAAAGAUCGUCGACUAUGUUUCCAAGUACAAAAUUGUGCGCCGGGAUUGAGUAAGAGUACUAGCGUAAGGCAGCUUCGGGGACGCAGCAGCAGUGUCCAGCGUUGAGAGCGAUAUUCCUUCUUGCCACACUCACGGUGCGCAAAUUAAAAUUUGCGAUGAAGAACAUGGGACUAGGACAUCAAGGAGACCGGACGAGCCGACCCGGCGGCUCUGAUGUUCCGCACACCCAACAGGAAUCCGAGCCGGCAUUUCGACGAGAAGAUAAGCCCGCGCGCCAGUGUAUUUGCACUCUUGAUCGCAAACUUUAUGGGUGGCUGAAGAAGGUAUGUCGCGAUUUUGACGGGGAUGCGCAUUGGAUCGCGUUUUUGCGAUGUGGCGAGUUUCGAGAAGCCUACCUCACUGAUAUUUUUCCGGUGCCAGCGCCGACGCAACAGGCUCUGCGACUGAUUCCUACCGUGCUACCUCCGAGCUUCUUCCAAGACUUUGGGUUUACCGAACAAGACCCGCACGAUUUGGAUUCCCGACAACUUGUUUCUGCUAUUACCGGGCAGUUUUUCUGUUCCCCAAUGGGCGAUCCGGACCCAACUGAGUUCGAGAAGUUUUGCGCGGCUUUCAAAGUCGCAGUGGAAGGCCUUAAACGCGGGGAAAGAGACAAGACGCCUGCGGUGGUCAAGAAGCUGCAGCUACUCCAAGACUUGUUUCGACAAGUCCCGCUACUACCGCAGGAGGAGCAACUGCAACCCGAAAUAAUAGACGGUUUGUUGACCUCUGCACCCGCGUACUUCAAGUUCGACCAUCAAAAGGGAAAGGUCGUAAACGUGGUCGCUUCAUCUCAAGAACGCAACAGCAGCGCCCACCCUGUCACGGGAGGCACCAAUAGUUCCGAGGACCCCGCAUCAACCUCAACGCAUCUGAUGAGCUACUACGACAUAUGCAUGAACUCGGAGUCUCUGUUUCAUCUGUGGCGAUAUGUUGGGUGCAGUCUAGGACUCGAUCUGCCGCUUCUGGAUCCCGUAGAUUCUGUUGUGGCGCACGAAUUGCAGUGCGAUACCGAGGCUUGCGAUGACAAGCCGGAUACAGAUUCCGGAAGUUCUAGCGAAGCCGACCAGGAGAGUGACUGACUGACGAAGCAGGUCUAUAGUUCUAUCAAAAAGAAUAAGAAAGGCAAAUGGAAAGCUUUGCGGCUGAUAAUUUGCGGCUAAUGCAUUCUGCGCUUUUUUUUAUUGGAG